AUGAACGUCCUUCAACAAGUUCUUCCAAUGGAGGAAUUUGCUCAUCCUGCCAGCAUCGUCUCUAUUUCGCUCCUUGUAGUUUUGUUUCUUUACUGGUAUGGAACGCGUGGCUUUGCAAACCUCAAGAAGCUAAAUGUUCCUGGUCCCAAACCUCUUCCGUUUAUCGGCAACUUUCUCGAAGCGAGAAAAUACGAGGGGAUACAACUCAUGCAUCUUGACUACGUGAAAAAGUACGGCAAAGUGUUCGCGAUCUGUUUGGGCGAAAAACCGUCACUGGUCGUUGCAGAUCCGGGGUUACUCAAACAGAUUAUGAUCAAGGAUUUUCCAAACUUCCGCAAUCACUUUGAAUUCAUGAAGCCAGCUCCUGCGGUCAGCAGAAACGUUUUCAAUGCAAGAGAUGACACAUGGAAGAGAAUCCGUAACACCCUGACCCCUACAUUUAGUGCUGGGAAGAUGAAAUUGAUGGUGCCGUUGAUCGAGACGUCGUGCGAUACGCUCAUGGAAAAACUUGAGAAAAUUGCUGAUUCAGGUGAGAGACGGAGUAUUGCAGAAAUUGUACAGAAAUUCUCCUCAAUCACGAGCUGGUUAACCGAGAUAAAAUCUAAAAUUAUUGUCAAAAACCGAGGAUCUUAGGAAACGACAAAUGGUAGGAGAUUUCGACAGUGUAAGAUAACAAAAUAGAGUCGUCAAAGCCCAACAGCCUGACGUUACGAAAGCUAGUCACGCAAUCCUUAUCACUACGAAACGUCAUUUUACUGUAGAAAGUACAUUUAAUUAUUGCAUCAAAAGUUUAAAAUGAUUGUCGGUCUACAACUGAUACGGCCCAGAAAACUUCAACAGAGUGAAAAAUUCGGCUUCAACACUCGAUACUCUCUAGCCUUAAGAUACGCGUGAAAAGCACUCUUACUCACUUUUCAUUUUUUUUUCGUGAAUUUUCUUAACAGGUGAGAUUGUAGACAUGCUUGACUGGUUUAGUAAGCUGACGCUCGAAGUCAUUUUGUCGACUGCCUUUGGCGUGGACGCAAAGAUUCAACUGGGUGAGAACACCGAAAUGCUGGAGAGAGCGAAAGCGAUCUUUAAAGUUCCAAACAUUAUUCGACAGAUGGCUCGCCUUCCAUUGGGCAAUUAUUUACUGAGGCUGCUAAUGCAGCUUAAAGGAACUUCUCCGAGUUAUUUCGAAGGCGUUGUCAGAGAGAUCAUCAAGUCCCGUGGCCAGCAGGGGCCCAGUGCACGAAAAGACCUGCUUCAACUCAUGAUGAAUGCUAAUGAUGAAACCACGGUCGAAGGGAUCAGCAGGCUUUCUGAUGAAGAGAUUGUAGCACAAUCUAUUGUCUUCCUCUUAGCUGGAUAUGAAACGUCGAGCAACACGUUGGCAUUUACCCUGUAUUUCCUGGCUGUAAACCCGGAUGUGCAAGACAAGCUGAGGAAAGAGAUUAGCGAGGCCCUCGAGUCCAACGCUAAGAAACCUUUGUACGAUGUCGCCCAGAAUAUCGAGUUCCUCGACUGCGUCAUCAAAGAGGCUCAACGAUUAUGUCCGCCAGCUGCCCAAAUCAACAGGGAAUGUUCUGAAGAUUAUGACCUCAAUGGCAUCCACAUUCCUGCUGGAACGGAGAUAAUCAUUCCAAUAUACGCCAUACAUCGUGAUCCAGAUGCCUGGGAGGAGCCGGAAAAGUUUGAUCCGGAGAGGUUCCGUGGACCAUCCAAAGAUGCUCGCCAUGCCUUCCAGUUCAUACCAUUCGGUGCAGGGCCAAGAAACUGCAUUGGAAUGAGGUUUGCUCUGUUGGAAAUCAAGGUUGCCCUGGUCAGGAUUCUGGUGAAAUACAAGUUUGUGCAGUCACCCGAGACACGAGUUCCUUUAGUCAUACAUGCUGGUGCUACUUUGUCAGCAAAAGAUGGUGUGUGUGUUAGGGUGGAGUCCGUAAUUUGA